AUGGCGGUUCCACCAUCAUUGGAAACCGAAUCCACUGGAAACAGAUCAUUCCUUUCCCAAUUUUAUUCUCAUUAUCUACGAAAUCGAAUCCGCGCUCUCUAUCCCUUCUUUCCUAGAAAUUUUUUCUCCAAUCUUGCUAUCCGCUUCAGAUCAACCCCGCGCCGGGAAUGUCUCCCUCUUCCGUUGCCCUCCUCUUCACUCGAUUCUCCCGUGCUCAUUACCAAGAGAUCAAGAGCGCAUGGUCUUGUGGAGGGUAUACUGGAACGUGUUUUGAUAAAUUUGCAUAGCAUUCAAAAGAAUCUGCAGUUCUGGCAGUUUAGAGCUAAGAGGUCAGAUUCUGAGAAGGCGCGUUUCAUGAUUUUUGAGAGGGGUCCAAGGGCUUUUAUUGAUGAAACAGUUAAGUUGUUGCGUGGACUCACUGCCCAGGGUUCGUCCACACAGAGUCUGUGUCAAUCUGCAUCUGAUUUUAUCGAUGAGAGAGUAGCUGUUUUGAGUUGCUUAAGAUAUUCACUUGCCACAUUUUUGGCUCAGUUGAAACUCCAUGCUCAGGUUUAUAUGGAAGUUGAUACAAUUGGAGAGGAGUUAGUGGCAGAUCCAGAGACGAAGCUGCCCUCGUUGUUAGUUACAAUUAAUGAUUUGUUUUCAAUAUUAGAAGCUUCAAUUGGACAUCUACAUGCAACACGUCAGAGUGAUUCUUCUGUCGAUGGGAGCUAUUCAAUCCCUCUGCUAUUUGAGAAGUUGCCAAAAAUAAAUCAGGAGGGAUCUCCGUGGACAGAUUGUGAAAUAACAGAUGCUAUCAAUCUAGUUUAUCAAAAUUUAGACAAGCUGGACGCAUACAUAUCAUUUCUUGUCAUCAAACAUAGAAAGCCAAGGAAAAUGACUCAGUAUUGGAUCCGUUAUACAUGUGGUGCAGUUGGGCUGUCAGUAUGCUCCAUUUGGCUCUUGCGGCAUAGUAGAUUGGUGGGAAGUUCUGACCUUGAUAAUUGGGUUCAGGAAGCUAGGAGCUCAACAAUUAGUUUUCUUAAGAACCACGUAGAGCAACCGAUUUUGUCUAUUAGGGAUGAACUUUUUGAGACAUUCAGGAAGAGACAUCAAGGUAUUAUGGACCUUGAAGAGGUGCAGUUAACUUCCAACUCAUUACACAGAAUGUUGUUGGCAUUCAGUGAGCAGGCAAAGGGUCAGAAUAUCCCAGUGAAUGCUUCAGAUCAGGAAAUGCUUGAGAUUGUCAUGGAUAGGUAUGAGAAGGAACUCAUGCAUCCUAUUCAAAACCUUCUUAAUGGGGAGCUGAUUCGGGCUAUACUUAUUCAGGUUCAGAAGCUCAAGCUGGAUACUGAAACGGCAAUGCUAGAGCUGAACCAGAUUCUACGGGCAAAUGAAAUCAACUUUGCGGUUCUGACUGCUUUGCCUGCAUUCUUUCUCUCUCUUUUACUCAUCAUGGUAGUACGUGCAUGGUUCAAACAGGAUACUAAAGCUGAGGGAAGAGGUAGAGUUGCUCGUAUUCAGAGGAGGUUACUUGUUGCAGAGGUUAAGAAAAGAAUUGUGCGGUACCAAAAUUAUGUUGACCAAGGGCUGGAGAGAGAUGCACAAUGUAUGUUUGGAUUGGCACUCUAUAGCCUGAAUCGCCUAUAUAAUUCUGUCAAGUGGCACGCAGAAGCUUCUGGAGAGUGGGAGAGUUUGCGUGAGGAUAUAAUAGAUCUGGCAGCCCCUGGACUGCAAACUUCAGACAAGCUCUCUGUGAUAUCACACAUGGUUACAUAUGACUGCUUGCUUCCAAGUCAGAACCGCCGGUAG